AUAGAGCUGGAUCGAUGGGCACACAAUGUGCAAAGGAAAAGUCCGUUGAGGGAGGAAAGUGCUGGGUUCCCCUGGAGGCUGUCUACUUCUUAAUAUAAAUUCUGCCAGCACUCCCUCUGUGUGAAAGAAGUCCAGUCCAGGAAAUAUGAUGUUGCUGAUCCUAUUCUAUAUAUCAGUGUGCUUUUCAGGAGCAGUACUGGAACAGACCUGUAAAUACCAUGAUUUGGUUGAAAAUCUCAAUCUAACAAAACAACAUGAUCUGCUGUCUCAAACAAUCCCAAGAAAAGACUGGAAGAAGCCACUAACCAUUAUUGUGGAUGCAAAGGUCAUUUCUAUGUCUGUGGUUGCAAGGAAAAAAUCUAUGACAAAUUACAUUUGGUUUUCAGCGAUGUGGAAAAAUGAAUUUGUGACAUGGAACCCAGGAGAUUUCUGUAACAUCAGCUCCAUCACUUUACCUCUGUCUCACUUCUGGGUGCCAGAUCUCUACAUUUAUGAACAGAUUUUGGAAGACACAGCCUCAUGGAUGCCUUAUGCUAAUAUAACAUCUGAUGGAAUGAUCACAGCAACCAAACCAGCUCAAUUUACAGUCACAUGCGCAUUGGACAUGUAUUAUUUCCCUUUUGAUGUGCAGAUGUGUAAAAUGACCAUAAUAAGCUUCAUUCACCUAGCUAACGACAUUAUUCUGAAGCCAAGCAAAAAUUCAUCUGAGAUGCUGAUAGACAGCAAGCACUUCCUCUUGGAUUUUGGAGAUUGGGAAUUCUGCAACAUCUUAGUGGAACAGAAUAUUACAGACAGACGCUCACAAAUCAUAUAUAGUGUACUGUCAGCCAAAAUUGUGCAUGCAGCCUUGAAUGGUCACAAUGGUCACUCUCCUUUUGCCCCUACCCUAGAAUUUCUGUACUGUUUACAUGCCCCUCCUCUUUUAAAUACAUUAAAAUAUGUGAUUUUUAAAUAUUUUUAGGUUAAAUAUAAAUAUCUGGUGCAGGUAUGAAAAUCAGUGGCAGGAAGAUUUCCACACCAGAGAAAUCAGAAGAAAAUCAUUUUUCAAACCCUAGUGCCAGUUUCCCAUCCCUCAAGCCAUGUCAGGUAGCAUAAGAAGUAGAAGGUGGAAGCUUAUAGUGGCAUGAAAAGUGAAAGCAGGCUCCCGGGAAUGUUCCUUGGGUUCAUAUGCAUUCCAAUAAAUUACAAAGUUCAGUUUU